AUGAUCUGCGGGAAGAUGCAAGAGUGCUUGGAAGGCGUUGCGACAAUAGAAGAUGUGGAUGCGGAAACCUUCACACGGGUUUGCGAGUACAUGUAUACCGGCGACUACAAUGCUGCCGAGCAUGCUGUUUUCCUCAAUCGUGAUGCCGAAAAAGAAGAUCUCGGAGAUAAGAUGUUCCACAAGGCUAAACACAUGGCUUACACGGCCAACUUCACUUCCCCUCGUGGGCCAUCUGCGUAUGCGAGAAAAGCAUUCGAAAAUCGUGUCUGGGCAAGGGAGUCCAUGAAAAGCAAUUCAAUAUACCGACGCAACGCUGGACCAUCCGAAGACUACAGCGAAGUCUUCCUCUCGCACGCUCAAGUCUACGUCUUUGCCGACAAGUACGACAUUUCAGCUCUACGAUCCCUCGCCCUGCACCACCUGCACAAGACCUUGGUCUCGUUCACACUUUACCCUGAGGGUGUGUGCAACGUUGCAAAGCUAUUCCGAUACGUCUACCAUCAUACUGCGGAACGCGAUGGUAAGAUGGAUGAGCUCCGAGCGUUAGUCAUUGAGUAUGCGGCAUGUUAUAUCGAGGACAUGGUGGCCAAUGAAGUGUUCCAGGAAGUAUUGCGGGCGGAAAAUAGCGCUUCGGUUGAUCUGAUUGUGAUGUUGCUUGGGAGACUCAAAUAG